CAACUUGAAGCGUAUGGUCAUUCAUGCGCAAACAACAUCAGGCAAGACCAUCUCCCUUACUCUACCUAUCAAUUGUACCGUCAAAACUCUAUACAAAAAUAAUGAAAACCUUACGGGAAUUCCUUUUUCUGAACAACGCAUCAUUAUCGAUGGCAAACGUGUAUCUUUUGAUAGUACACUCGAGUUAUACAAUCUCGGAUUAGCACGUAACAAUCUCAUAUAUUUCAAUCCUAUAUUGGUGGUUUGAUCAAGCUAAAAUGUUCAUUAUUCAGGACUCGGAUGUGUGUUCGAGGUUUAGGGUACCAGGUCUUAACUCCAAUGCAUCUCGACAAUAUAUGGAGCAAGUGCCAGGGGAACAAAGACAUCUUCAAGAAGUUGCAGCGGCGGAGGAUACUGGUAAGAGAACUGUAAAGCGUAAUGAUGGAACUCAUGAUGUAUUCAUUGAGCAGAUAAUUGUGGAAGACUUUGUUCCCGCAGAUCAAUGGGAUACCGAAAACAUAGCAAUUUUCAACCUCCAAACGGUAAGCGCAGCCGCAGUUGAAGGCACGAUCGGUAUAAAGCCACCACGUACUAUUGUCUCUAGGUUAACAUACAUACAUGGAGUACUACUGCCGUUACUCAGAAAUUUGAUUUGAGGACGACAAUAAUGAUGAUGGAAAAAAUGAUGGCAAGUCUCGCAAGGUCACUCUCGGUCAGUCAGGCACAAAAGCUCGAUUUAUACCUGUGGGGGAAAGGAUCUCCCGCUUAAAAGACACAAUCAUUGUUGGAAAAUAGUUAUAACAAUAUCUGAGGAGAUUUGGUGAGGUAUUUUGAGCAUUGGGUCGAAGUGCUAGUUAUUAGGGAUAUAAACUUCAAGGGAAUCUUAAUAUUACA